GCCGCCGUGGGAGCCUUCGGCGUCCUCGGUCCGGCGGCCGUGGCAGCGGCGGGGGCGGCGGCGGGCCUCCGGCGCGACCGCAAUGCUGAGCUCCCGGGCCGCGGCGGCCAUGACCGCAGCCGACAGGGCCAUCCAGCGCUUCCUGCGGACCGGGGCGGCCGUCAGAUAUAAAGUCAUGAAGAACUGGGGAGUCCUAGGUGGAAUUGCCGCUGCUCUUGCAGCAGGAAUAUAUGUUAUUUGGGGUCCCAUUACAGAAAGAAAGAAGCGUAGAAAAGGGCUUGUGCCUGGCCUGGUCAAUUUAGGAAACACCUGCUUCAUGAACUCCCUGCUUCAAGGCUUGUCUGCCUGCCCUGCUUUCAUCAAGUGGCUGGAAGAUUUUACCACCCAGUACACCAGGGAUCAGAAGGAGCACCCCCCUCAACAGUAUUUGUCCUUGACGCUGUUGCACCUCCUGAAAGCUUUAUCCUGCCAAGAAGUUACUGACGAUGAGGUCUUGGAUGCAAGCUGCUUGUUGGACGUCUUACGAAUGUAUAGAUGGCAGAUCUCUUCGUUUGAAGAACAGGACGCUCACGAAUUAUUCCACGUCAUUACCUCGUCACUGGAAGAUGAGCGAGACCGCCAGCCACGGGUCACACAUUUGUUUGAUGUGCAUUCCCUGGAGCAGCAGUCAGAAAUAACUCCCAAACAAAUAACCUGCCGCACAAGAGGUAGGUCACCUCACCCCACGUCCAAUCACUGGAAGUCUCAACAUCCUUUUCAUGGAAGACUCACUAGUAAUAUGGUCUGCAAACACUGUGAACACCAGAGUCCUGUUCGAUUUGAUACUUUUGAUAGCCUUUCACUAAGUAUUCCAGCCGCCACAUGGGGUCACCCGUUGACCCUGGACCACUGCCUUCACCACUUCAUCUCAUCAGAAUCUGUGCGGGAUGUCGUAUGUGACAACUGUACAAAGAUUGAAGCAAAGGGAACCUUGAGUGGGGAAAAGGUGGAACACCAGAGGACCACUUUUGUUAAACAGUUAAAACUAGGGAAGCUCCCUCAGUGCCUCUGCAUCCACCUGCAGCGGCUGAGCUGGUCCAGCCACGGCACGCCCCUGAAACGGCACGAGCACGUGCAGUUCAAUGAAUUCCUGAUGAUGGACAUCUACAAGUACCACCUCCUGGGACACAAACCCAGUCAGCACAACGCUAAACUGAACGAGAACCCAGGGCCUGCGUUGGAACUGCAGGACGGGCCAGCAGCCCCCAAGCCAGUUCUGAAUCAGCCAGGGGCCCCCAAAACACAGAUUUUCAUGAAUGGCGCCUGCUCCCCGUCUUUAUUGCCGUCCCUGCCAGCUCCGGUGCCCUUCCCGCUCCCAGUCGUCCCUGACUACAGCUCAUCCACAUACCUCUUCCGGCUGAUGGCAGUCGUCGUCCACCACGGAGACAUGCACUCUGGACACUUUGUCACUUACCGACGGUCCCCGCCUUCGGCCAAGAACCCUCUGUCAACCAGCAACCAGUGGCUGUGGGUCUCCGAUGACGCCGUCCGCAAGGCCAGCUUGCAGGAGGUCCUGUCGUCCAGCGCGUACCUGCUGUUCUACGAGCGUGUCCUCUCCCGGAUGCAGCACCAGAGUCAGGAGUACAAGUCCGAAGAAUGACUGUGCCCCAGCCCCUAAGCUAGAGCCAACAGCACUGUCAAAACUGCCCAGGACAAAAGCAGAACUGUGCUGUGUGCAGGCAAGCAGCCCCAGUAGAGCCCUUCAGCUUUCCCGUGUGUUCUAAGAGCAGGCUCCACCCGGGAGCCAGCGGCCCCGACUCAAACCAAAUCAGGCUCCCUGAACAGCUCUGCUGCUUGCGCUGGGAGGUGCAUCGUGUUGAGAAAGCAUUAUGUCUAGAGCGUCUUUUUAUUCAUCCGAUCCAGGUAAUUACAAGAAAGCAGAUUCCGGAAGCCACCUUUUCCACAUUGUGGUAUGUCAGGUAUUCUCAGAGGGGAGUUACCUUUGUCUAAUCCUCUGACGUUUCCGCAUAGAUCUUUUAUUUUUAAUAAGCAGGCCCAUAAAAACUGUUGACAAGAAUUAGUGAAAUUAUUAAAGGCAACAAUUUAGAAGAAAAA